AUGUCGACGCGGGCGAGUGCGUCGCCCGAUACCACUCCCGUGCUGAACGAGCUUCUCGGCCGCACAGAAGCGGUACGAGCGGAGCUCCUGCCGUUGCUCAAGCGGCAGAAAGCGGUGGCGUCGGCGCGCAUACCUCCGGCCGAGGAGGACCUCAUCGGCGCGAUGCGGCGCGCAAACAACGAUGCGGCUUGGGAGCUGCGCAGCAUGCGGCGUUCGGAGGACUCACUCGUCUCGCAGCGGCAGGGUCACGUCACGCGGGCACAGGUGCGCGAGGCGCUGCGAGCGACAGAUUACGACAUCGACGCAGCUGGGCGCCUGCUGGACCAGCGUCGGCAGAUCUCGCGCGUCGCUGACUAUAUUUUGGACCAGCGCGGGCUCGAGUCGGGGAUCGGCUGGCCGACUCGGCAGGAGGUCGAGGGUCUGCUCGCCAGGACGGGCAACGACGAGGGCGCCGUCCUCUCGUCGCUGUUGCGCGAGAGGCGGGCGACGGUCGAAAAGAUGGUGGAGAUCAUUCACACCGACUCGGUGGACAAGCUGCUCGCGGUCGAGAACCUCUUCAUCUACGGCCUGACCGUACCACCAACAGCGAGCGAGCGGGCGCACGUUGAGGCGCUGUACGGCGGAGAAUUCGACCGUUCGGCGGCGAGGCUAGACUGUUUCCUGCGCGAGGUGGGUGCGCUGCAGCGCAACCUCGAUGAGCUCGCGCCUCCAGACUGGCGGCCCUCGCGGGCGGAACUGGAGGGUCUUGUGCGGGAGCUGGGCGGCGCCCCCGCAGAGGCUUUCCUGCGCGCGUUGCGCCGGCUUGCGGAGGCCGCGCCCAAGUUGGGGUCGCCCGACCGCGAGACGCUCGGGCGGUACGUGAGGCUGGGCGAGUGCGACGAGGAGGCGUCGCUCACUUUCGCGCAGUCGGUGUGGAAGCUGAUGGGUGGCGCGACGGCAAGCAAGGCAAAGGAGAAGCCCAAGUCAGCGAGCGCGAGGACGAGGCAGCCACCCGCCAAAGCGGCGCCGCCUCCACGAUCAAGGUCAGCGGCGCCGGCGGGCAAGAAGCGCGGCGGCAAGGGCGCCACGGCGAGCGCGCCCGAUCCGGCGGACACGCCGGGCCCCAGUCGCGCUGAAGCCGAGGCGGUGCUGCUGGCGGUGAACCCCGUCGGAGACCUGACGGCCGCCACCGAGCUCCUCAAGCGGGUCGACGUGAUCCACCGGCAGAUCUCGGCUACCUUCCCGCUGCUUCGGCGCGAAGACGCGCUUUGGGCCGCGUCGCCCGCCCGUGAGGCGCGCUACCUCUCCCGCGAGCCUCUCUCGCAGGAGGAGCGCAAGGAGGGCGAGUCGGGCGCCAAGCACUUGCUGCGCCGGCUGGGUGCCGCGCUCGAGUCUCUCAAGGACAUUCUCGCGGUCGACGAGCCCGCUGAGCCGCCGCAGAGCAAGAGCGCCGUGCUCGCGGCGCUGGCCGAGGCCGACGCUCGCAGCGCGCAGCCGAGUGGCGUGCCGCGCCAAUCCGUGCGCGAGGGACUCGACGCACAUGCGUUCAAUCUCGAGGGCGCCACGCGGUGGGUGCGCGGCGUCGGCUCGCUCCUCCACCGCCAAGCAGAGCUUGGGAUAGAGUCGCGCGAGGAGGUGGAGGCCGCCUUUGAAGAUCACGGCCAGGACCCGGAUCAGACCACCGCAUACAUGGAGCAGCUGGGAGGGCUGAUGGCCACGGUGGGGGCGAGCCUUCCGCGGGUGGGUCGGGCAGACGCCAAGGCCUUCCUCAAGCUGGGAGCCGAUUGUGCCUCCAGCGCGCAGCUCGCCUCGCUCACCACGGCUUGCCUGCGGGGCCUCUCCCACUUGCUUGGCGACGCGGAGGCGCUGCUGAGCAUCGGCGUCAAGGCCAACGCGCUGACAGCGGAUGAUAGGUGCUACCUGAUCGAGAGCUUGCACCGCUUUGCCUUCGCGGACGAGGCUCGUGGCGAGCUGGAUCAGCCAUCGCGCGUCGCCGCGGCCAACGCCCUGGACGCGGCCGGACUCGACCGCAAGAAGGCGGGGCGGGCGCUCCGCGACGAGCUGCGAAAGAAGCGCGAAAAGGACAUGCGUGAGGCGUACAACCGAAAGAGGUUGCUCUCCGAGGCGUACAAGAAGGGACGUUCACCGCCGUCAAUGAUGGUGGUGGAGACUGCGGCGGAGCAGCUGCAGGCCUCGGCGCCGCUUCGCCCGCCGGUGUCGCCCUUGAAGCGGGCCGUUUGCGAGCUCAGCCUCGGCGCGGACGGCGGGGAGCGAUCCAAGAGCCCGCGCCCCUUUGGGCAGCCGCGGCAGACCGGGCACUCUUAG